AAUGCAGUGGCUAGGUGAUCAGAGACCCAAGUUUUACUGUGUUCUCUACCCAACGUUACGGUCCUUAGCUGACCACGGCCCAGCUAGCCAGCUGAUCGUGUAACAAGGUGAUUUUUUUACCUCGUCUCAGUGACAAUCUUCAGAUGAGCGAAAGAAGAAACAAAUAAACAGAAGAAUAAAUAAAUAAAUAAAUAAAUAAAUAAAAAGAGGAAGGAGAAGAAGAAAGAGAAGAAAAAAAUAGAAGAAAAUAAAAACAAUAAAAAGAAGAGGAAGUUUAGCAAAAACAGACGAAACCCCAAAAAAAAGAACAUUAUCUUUCUCACAAUUAUAACGUUGCAUAACGAACACACAAGGACAUAAUGUUAAUGUGUCUGUGACACACAGACACACACACACACACGUACGCAUACACAAGUACACGCACUCAUAUAUAUAUAUAUAUAUAUAUACAUAUAUAUAUAUAUAUAUAUAUAUAUAUAUAAGCACACACAGAGGUGAGGGUGAACUCCAAUCCACUGUUGGCAAUCAUUUUCGGUAUUUCUCCAAGAAGAAUUACAACAAAGACGAGACGACACCGACAGCAACAACAACAACAACAACAACAGAAGCAGCAGCAGCAGCCGUAGAAGCAGCAGUAGCAGCAGAAUGUAUUCAAUACAACGGAGACAACAUCAACCAGCACAAAUUAUGAAAACGAGAAAAACUACAACGACUACCACGGCGACAGAUUAUUUCCGAUCAAUAAUGCUUCGAUCUGUUCUUUGAUUUAGUGUUUUUUUUUUAAAUACUUAAAACCUUAUCCACACACACAGACACACAUACAUAUGCAUUUCUAUCUUAGUCGACUUGGAUCUUUAAAAAUUGCAUAAUUAACAGCAACAACAGCAAUAAUAAUAAUAAUAAUAAUAAUAAUAAUAAUAAUAAUAAUAAUAAUAAUAAUAAUAAUAACAACAACAACAACAACAAUAAUAAUAGCAACAACAACGGCCUGAAAAUGAUUCUACUCCACCCUAACGACACGCAUAUUUACACGCUGGAGGAGCUGAAUGCUAAAAAAGCCCGCUUCGCCGUUCCAUCCACGAUAACAAUGUCCUUCCUCAUGAUUUUCGGCAUUGUCGGUAACUCGUUGGUGAUAUAUGUGUACAGUCGCAAGUUCAAGUCUACAUCGACCAAUUCUUUUAUCUUAGCUCUGUCCACGUUCGAUCUGCUCAACUGCCUGGUUGGAAUGCCGACGGAGAUCGCCGACGAUCAACUACCGUUGAUGUUCAACUGGGAACUCGGCUGCAAAAUUCUGCGUUUCACCUCGUUUUUUUCGACGGGUGCCUCUUCCUUGACGCUGGUCAUCAUUGCCAUGGAUCGCUACCAGAGGGUGUGCUUGGGGAAGGAACAGAUACAGUCGGGUUGGGCGAAGAUGAUGAUCAUUCUAACAGCCACGAUGUCCGCUGUGCUGGUCAGUCCGAUCAUCGAACUGGCGGGGAUCGAUACGGAAUCGACGGAUGUGCCUUACAUCAACGGUACUGACUGUGCCAUACGUGACAAAUACAAAAAAUCGAAAUGGCCACUUAUUUAUUUCAUGUACCUGGCCGUCAUCAUUAUAGUUUGUUUAAUAAUACUGGUUGUCACUUACACGAUGAUCGGUCUGGCGGUGAGGACACGCUUGGGGCGGCAAAACCUCGACGGACGAACAGUUGUGAGAACAAUGGCCGAUCUAAAUCGAGAGAAAGACCGAAAGGUAAAGUCCGAAAAGACAACGAAAACAUUUUUCAUGGUCACCGUACUUUUCAUAGUGAGUUUCAUGCCCUGCCUGGUCAUACAAAUUUCGAGGGCCUUGGCAGGUUUCAAACCGCAUAGUCCCAUGAUGGAAAUCAUAUUUAAUCUCGGUUUACGCUCCUAUUUUCUGGGCAACUCCCUCAAUCCGUUCAUCUACGGUUAUUGCAACAGCAAGUUUCGUGAGGCGAUUGUUCUCGUGAUAGGAAGAAUGCAGGAGAAGCUGAUGGAGGAACCACGGACGAAGGCCCACGUCUACUCUUUGUCUGCGGGCCAAGUACACAAACCUGUAAGCAUGAGUAUAACAGAUUCUGUGUAUGAGUAAAAUGAUUAAAAUUUUUUUUUUAAAUAAUAAUAAUAUUAAUAAUAAAAUGGAUAAAUAAAUAACUUGGCCACUCUCAACACCCCUCACUACCUACACCAAAAAACUUCCCCUUCAAAAAGUAAAGAAGAACCAAAUAUAAAAUUAAAACAAAUCGUCGGAUCACUCACGUUGUAUGGAAAUACAGCGUUAGUAUCUCUUAUGUGAGAAACGAAAAUAUAUCUAAUGUUCGGUGGAGAGUACUAGAUAUAUUACUGAGUAAAAUCUGUUCGGUUAAAUGAGCACAGAUAAAUAAAGAAGUAUGACACGUUCCGAACUUUAUUGAGAACUCAUUGAGAGUAUGUGAAGGAGUACAGAAAUUUGUACUCUAGUAUGACGCGUUCUGUUUGAUGUUGUUAUGGAUAAAAGAGUGAAUAACGGCGAAAAUAAACAAAAGUCGAUAAAACGUACUCUAUCGUACUCUGCAUGGGUCGAAAAACUAAUCGAAUCAACGAGUCUAAAAAAAAGAGGAACCCAAUGAGAAAUCUUUGUAUAUUUUUAUGUUGAAGAUAUUACAGUUUGAUGGUCAUUAUUUGGAUAGGGAAAUUAAUGACUUGUCUCCUUGUGUAAACUUUGAAAACAACCGCGUAUCUAAGUAUCUAAGAGAAUCGUUGUUUGUUUCAGGAGAUCUUGAAGUGAAAUAAAGGGAGACUCCAUAAAUGUUGUAAAGAAAGAAAUUGAAUUAGGAUUGACAAAAACGCUGUAAAUUAAAUUGACAAAACACUGUAAAAAGUUAUGCGUCCAAACCUUUGUAUAUGUUAGAAAAAUGAAGAGUUUAAAUUACGAAUACAAAAUUGCCAAGAAAUAUUUAAAUUAUAACUAUUAAUAGAGAAAUUUCUUUGGAUAAAAACGAAUUACAAGAAAAACAAAAUUUGUUUAUUUAAAGAAAAAAAAACCUGUAAUGUUUCGUUAUUGGUAUAUGAUGUCAGUCGUGAGUGAGUGUAUGUUCGAGUGUGUAUUUGACUGAUCGAGCAUAUGAAAGACAAUGUCACACUCAUUCAUGACGUCAUAGGCUUCUACCGAAAGAUACCAAAAAUACCUAAUUCAUUACGUAAAACAAGAAUAUCGGUUGAAGAGUACAAAUAUACCUACUGUUUUAUUUAGAAGUACUCACUGAAUA